GCCAACGAUGGCAUCCCAUCCGCGUCGAAGCACGUUCAGUGCCAUCUUCAUUCUGUGCUGUGCGCUAUUGCUGCUGAUAGUGUUGGUUGAAGUCGGUGGAAAUCGAGUCAGUACAGUGGAGCGUAAUUCCACGGAAACUCAGUUACAUCGGGUGAGCCGCGACAGACGCCACUACUGUGGAAAAGCGUUGACCGAUACGCUGGCACUAGUUUGCAACAGCUACCCUUCGCCAUGGAGAAAGAAAUCAGGCUUCGCCACCAACGACAAAUCCUACGAGGGUUCCUACCGGGAGCAGCUGAUCGAGGAAAUCAAACAGGACCUGGAAGAACUGGAACAGCUGGCGCCGGAAGUGUUCGACGAUCAACCGGCGGUCCCGCAAGCGCUACAAUUUCAUCCCUUCUAUCCAAGAUCCUACCAACCAGAACCGCCGAUGCCGAUGAUGAUGGAAGGAGGAUCCUAUCGACGCGUUCGGCGCCAGAUCGUUGACGAGUGCUGCCGCAAGAGUUGCACGUUGAAAACUCUAAAGCAGUACUGCGCCGAUUAGACAAAGAGAUGGAACCACCGCGGUCAACGAUGGUUGAUUGACCAGUGCCUGUAUGAGAUCUACGUUCUAUGUUCUAUGUAAAACUCGAAUAAAGCGAACGACUAACGGACUGAUGAUUGUCA